GUUGCAUUCUUGCACUAAUAUUUACAUAACACAGACCCUGUUUCAUUUUUCUGUCAUUUUAGAUCAACCCAUGUGAUAAAAUGUGGGUGAGGGGGAUGUUAUGGCUACGAACAAGCAGACUGAUAGCAGCGAUAAACGUCAUAAAAAUGGAAGAGACAGAAGGUGUCUGGAGCCUUCUGUAGCCUGUGGGCAAGGCACCUAUCCUUGUAGCCUGAAGCAUGUCUGGCUUUUUGUCUGGCUUUUACAGGAGAGUAGACAGAUUACUUGCAAGGGUUGAGAUGGUUCAGUGAGCUGAAGGUACUAGGUGACAUGGUAGGAUGAAGGGGGGGAGGGAACCAUAUCCUUUUACAGUCUGGAAAUAAAGCAGGCCAGUGGCAGUGGAACGGCCCCACGUCUGUCAUCUUAUUGGGUCAUUAGAUGACGGGGCCACAGGAGCACCACUGGCUGUGGAGGUCCAGAGCCAGACUGUAGCAGGCAGUGAGGGGAAUACACCACAGACUGGCUGAGAUUAGACAUCCUUCCUCUGCAGCAUUUUUCACGGUGACUCCUGGGAUUUGAGGAUGGAAAAACAUGCGAGUGAUGUACAAAGAGGUGCAUCGCCCCUUUGCCCCGGCAGAUCAUGUGGAGACAACUGAAAUAACCCAUGCAAAUCUAAAAACACACAGCCAUGAACCCUGUCCCCUUUAAAGCGAAGAGGCCGUCACUGUGACGGGAGUAGCAGUAUUCAAGGAAUGUCCUGAUCCAGGAUGCCUUAAGGGAAGAGACUGAGAAUGCUGAGACCCCCCUUCUUCUGCUUUAACAUUCACACAUAUGAGAGGAUGAUGACGUGACCUCAUGUAUUCACAGGUGACUUUAUGUAGAAGUGCAACAACUGCCUCAGGAUGAGACUGUGGACUUUACUUGUGAUUUUCCCGGUGUGCGCAUCCUCUCCUCUGCCAGCCGCAGAAACAUCUAAAUCUAAAGCUCCAGCCGUGGAGAGCCGCUGCUCCGGCCGAGCCUGUAACCCCCGCAUGGGUAACCUGGCCCAGGGUAGAGUACUGAGCACCCAGUCGGUCUGCGGCUCCAACUCCUCGGAGCUCUACUGUGUCUACAAAGACACCGCUUCCCCUCGCAGCUGGAAGGAGUCCUGCUCGGCAGCAAAAUGCAGCAAGUGCAACUCUGCUGUUCCCAGCCAGGCGCACCCUCCCUCUGCCAUGAGCGACUCCUCGUUCCGCUACCCGGACACUUGGUGGCAGUCCGCAGAGGGGGUGAAGGAGGAGACGCUCCAGCUCGACCUGGAGACGGAGUUCCUCCUCACGCAUCUCAUCAUGGUGUUCCGCUCACCCCGCCCUGCUGCCAUGGUGCUGGAGCGCUCCCAGGACCACGGGCACACAUGGAGGGCCCUCAGGUAUUUUGCCCGGGACUGUGAGGAGGUGUUUGGCCUGGAAGAGGGGUCAGCAGCUGGGGAGAGUGGAGCAACGUGCACCUCCAAGUACUCUGGAGCUUUCCCGUGUACCAGAGGAGAGGUGAUCUACCGAGCAUUGUCGCCCUGGGACUCAGUGGAUCCGUAUGGACUGGCUGCUCAGAACCAGCUCAUGAUCACCAACCUCAGAGUCCGUCUGCUGCAGCGCCAGCAGUGUCCCUGCCAGGCCAAACAUCCCGAUGCCGCUCUCCUCCCCACGGACCACUACGCCAUCUAUGAUUUCAUUGUCAAAGGCAGUUGCCUUUGCAAUGGACAUGCUGACCACUGUGUGCCAGCCGGUGGCUUCCAACCCAGCCAACAGAAGACCAACAACAUGGUCCAUGGCAUGUGUGUGUGCAGACACAACACAGCGGGUGACCACUGUGAGCGCUGUGCUCCUCUCUACAAUGACCAACCCUGGCAGGCAGCCAACGGCAUCAUAGGGACACCGCAUGAGUGCCAGAAGUGCAAGUGUAAUGGUCACUCCAAGAGCUGUCACUUCAGUCGUGGAUUGUGGCUAGCGACUGGACGGCGGAGUGGUGGCGUGUGUGACGACUGCGGCCACAACACAGAGGGCCGCCACUGCCAGAACUGUAAGAAGGGCUUCUUCAGGGACCAGAGCAGACCAAGAACGGCCUCUGACUCCUGCAAAGCCUGCUCCUGCCACCCUGUAGGCUCUGUCCUCUCAGGUGGUAGCACCCUCUGUAACCCUAGCAGUGGGGAGUGCACUUGUAAGCCCGGUGUCGGAGGCCCCCGCUGUGACAGCUGCAUGCUGGGAUACUGGGGGCUUCAUGAAUACGGCUGCCGUCCGUGUGACUGCACAGGGGACUGUGACCCCUACACUGGUGACUGCAUUUCUGGCUCAGAUGUGGAGGUCUUCUAUACAGCCACCGGCCACAUGGGACACAGCAGCAAUAAUAGUGAGACGGCACUCUUUAGGGUAGAGGAGCUUUUCUCUGCACUGCACCACUCUGAGAAAUGUGAGUGUGUAGAAGUAACCCUUGGCAGCCCGAAACUCUUCUGUGCUGCAGAGUACGACUAUGUGCUGGUGGUGAAGGUAAUGUCAGCUCACGAUAAAGGCUCCCAUGCAGAGGUGGAGGUCAAGGUGAAGAAGGUCUUGUACCAGAACCCUCAGAUGAAGAUCCAGAGGGGAAGCGUCAGUCUCUACCCCGACUCCUGGACCACCCAAGGCUGUACCUGUCCCAUCCUCAACCCAGGAUCUGAGUAUGUGGUGGCCGGUCAUGAGGACUGGAAGACUGGUAGACUCAUGAUCAACACCAAGAGCCUGGUUAAACCGUGGAAGUCAAACCUGGGGCGCAAAAUCCUCCACAUCCUCAGAAAAGACUGUGGCCGCUGGUAGGGCAUCUCCAAGACAGAGGAUCCAGGAGUGUGAGAAACAAACAGAGGUACUGUUUGAAUCUGGCAUUGCUCAGACACUCAAAUGAUAGCACCAUGCCUACUACAGGGAUUUCACUGUUUCUUCUGUUUCUAAAGUGGAGCCACAGCCUCAAGAAACAGCUACAAUGCCAAAGUGCUCUGGUUGUUUCCCUGUGGAAUAAAUAAGCACGUAGUGUAAGUAGAUACUUCGGUGAAAGAGAACAAAGAAAGUCAUAAACAUAUUCGUCCUGAUGUUGGAAUUCCACUCCUGUGCUACUGUACGAUAUUUUCCAGGUUAUUUAUAAAACGAUGCAUGUUAAAGAGUCAAUUACAUUUUAUUUCCUGGCCAAAGUUGCUGUCAGAGUCGAUGAGCCAGUCACGUCCUUCUGUAUCAAUUUCACUGAGAGCUGUUUACUUUGAAAUCCUGGGAAGGCACGGACUGAAUUAUCCUUGUCGUCUCACAGAUAUUGCCGAUAAAUCACAAAUGAAGUCAACAUCAGAAUGUGUGAGCGCAGUUUGUGUGUAUUUGCUAGAUGUCCUUGGCAGGGAGUCCGGGACUGUGCAGGUCAGAACAAGCAACUCCUGGAUGAGAGGAGAGGAUGAAAAAAACAUUAAAGGAAUCAGGCGGCUUAAUCUGAACCGCUCUGCUCUGCUCUGCUCUGCUCCGGCAAACUCGCCCGCCUGCUGUCUGACAAGAGCAAAACACACUCCACUCAGGACAUGAAGCCACCUAAAACACUCAGGAUUGAGUUUGCUCUCAGAGCUGCUUCAGUUACAACAGGGGGGAUACAUUGUCAGGUUGCUUCAGUCAGAAUUGAAUCCGAGAGGAUUUUCUGCCGUCCUCGAUCGACCUGCUUUCACAUGAAGAGGAUUCACUUGAGAAGGCCUCUCUGAACCCGACCCUGUGGGAGCCACUGUGUGUGUGUGAGAAAGAGAACACACUCUCUUAACAUGUGCUCCUCUAUUUGGCCUGUGACUCCUGCUGCCCUAAAAUAAAUACAUAUUAAAAGCCUGCAUUGACAUCACAGUGAAUCAGAUCCAGAGUCCACAGGCCACUUUUGAGCCAGGCCCAGUUAAGAAUAGUUCUGGUUCGCUGUCUCCAAGGAGAAGAACAAACUCUGUGAGGAGACAUGAUGCAUUCCUCAAACAUGACAUCACCCCGCGUGUCCUUGUCCCAAAGACUUUACCAAAAUAAGAGAACUGGGCUGGAGAUUUUUUUUUUCUGUAAAGGACAAAGUGGUGAUUUAGGGUGAAGGAAUGUACUCAGCCAUCAAUGUGAUGUUUGUAAUGCUAUUUCUGUGUCCUGUAUGUUCUUUUUAUUUUAAAUCUAAACUACAUAAACACAUCAGUGUGCUCUU